AUGUCAGACCUUGACCCCGUCCGCGCUGUGUUGGCCGUGUUUCCUCAAGUCACCGAGGCUGCCGAGAGGUACAAGAUUGCAGAGCCUGAUCGUGAGUCUCGCGGACUGGCGCGGGGCAUUGCCAACGAAAGGACACUGUUCGAUCAGACCGCACAGCGGAUUCUACUCUUCUCUCCAUCCUCGGCCUCCUCCUCAUCCCACGACGACAACGCCUGGUUGCCAUGCUUGGAGAACGAGCUCGGCAGAGAAACUGCCGCCCAGGUGCUUCACGAUCUCCAAACUCUGACUGAGCAGCUUCAAAUUCUCAAAACCGAGCUUGUCAGUGCCGGUCGAGCAAAGGGGGUACUGGACAAGAUCAGAGGGAAGGCUUCAGGCUCGGCCAGAGGGCCCCCCAAAAAUCCUAGGACGCGGCUCCAGAAACGGCUGGAUGUUGUUUCCAACACAAACGAACUUUUGGCUUCUCGACUGUCAUUCGGUCACACUCUACUCUCACGUGCAUCCCAACCGCCAAAUGCAACCGGUAUUAUAGACGUCCUCGAUGGUGUCUCAAGGAGCGCGCUAGUCGCCUUUGAUACAUUCAAGAGAGACUUCACAUGUCACUGCUAUGACUCUCACAUCGUUUAUCUUGAAUGCCCAGGGAUCGCUGAGGGUCUCUCGUCGGGACAAGCGAUGAAGGCGAACCAUGCCCAGCCGCUCAAAUUCUUUAUCCAGCCCAGCACAGAGUCACCGAACCAGGACUCGGCAUGCUCAUUCAACUCCCUGGCUUCCGAGCAGGACAUCGCGUCAAUCUCGCCCUUGGAAGACUGGAUGCAUCUGCAGGGUGCCGACCUCGACUGGAAACGCCGCAUAGAGCUGGCUUUGCAACUCAGCCUUGCCGUCGUUCACCUGUCACCAACCCCUUGGAUCGAUGACUCGUGGACCUGGGACAGCUGGGCCAUCGCUGCCGAUCCAAUGACUUCGUAUGAGCCGUUAUUUGGGAGGCCGCUCCUCUUUCGUCAUCGGUUCGGCUCUUCCACUGCACCAAAUAAUCCUCGACCGCCGUCGUCGACAGUGUGGUCCAUCCUGUCCCGAGGGCCUGCCCUCGGUAGGCUCGGCCUCUGCCUGUUGGAGCUGGCGUUUGGCCAUAGUAUUUCUGAGAUACGGCGCGAUGGCGCUGGCAAGGACCACUUCGACCUCCGAACUGGCUGUGACGACGAGCUCGACGUCGAUGUUCUUGAUUUCGUCGCGGCCAAACAGCUUCUUGUCUCCCGGACGAUCCGGCAUAAGUUCGGGGAGCCGUUCGAAGAUGCAGUUAGGGCAUGUAUUCACCAGCAAUUCAGGGUUGGGAAGAGCGGCGACAUCGUUGAGCUGGACCGACGAGACCCCUUGUUCCUACAGAAGGCGACGAUCUCGAUCAUCUCGCCUCUUUGGUUGCAGCUGGACAGAUAUAUACGAGCCGAACACCGUGACACCGUCCCUAACAAGAAAUCCCUCGCCAAGGUUACUGUUGAAGGGGUUCGCAAGGAGGACCUUAAGCUAGCCAAUCGCCAAGAUGUCGUUGAUUCGUUAACACAGGAAAUCCUCGCCCAGGAUAUGAGCAAACUCCUUCCAGAAAAGCCCGAGUUAUUGGUAGGGCAGGCAUCCUCCUACUCAAGAGUUGACAAAAACAGUAGGGCAGUUGCUCAUCAAGAUUCCUGCCUCCACGAGCCUACCUUGCCCGAAGGAAGGCCUGCCGAGCCGUGCUCUGCGAUGGGUGGCUCCUCGAACUCACUGCCAAGCGUAGUCCGGUCCGCUGCGGCGGGACAUGCACAGGACAGAGAGCGGAGCCGUGCAGCCGGACCGGACAGCGAACGCCAUGGUCUACGCCUGCCGUCCCUGAGUAACGAGUCCCUAGAGGACUCGGAAUGGGCCUACGACUCAGCGACGGGGACGACGGAAUCCGUACAGACAUGGGUGGCGGACACCCUGGACGAACCGCCAGAGGAUUCGGGCCAUCCGGUUCUGUCUAGCAUCAAGCAUCUUGUUCUGCGUGUGACCCUCCACAAUUUUCAUGCCUGGAACGAGCGGAGCCCCGGGCCGGCCCGUGGAACUGCGGGAGCUACUAUCCCGCGCGAGAGCGGGCAGCCGAAGAAACGAGGCAGACACCAGCCCGGUCGAGGCGUGGGGCAGGAUAAGAACGGCGAUGACGACGAUGACGACGAGAUCGAAAAUGCUUGGGCCCGGAAACGGCAACGACCCGACGAGGCCAACAUGACUCUGGCUUGCCCGUUCUAUAAAAAGGACCGCCGGCUCAACGGGAGCUGUUGUGGGAAGAGGCUGAGCCGGAUCCGUGACGUCAAGCAGCACUUGAAGAGGAGGCAUUAUAUGCCUAUCUACUGUCCCAUCUGCUACAAGAACUUCUUGGACGAGACGAAGAGGGACAACCACACAAAUGAGAUGGCUUGCGAGAGGGGAACCUAUCCACGUCCCGUUGGCAUCAGCCAGAAACAGCAAGGUGAGCUCAGUAAGAGGGCACUGAGGCAACAUACAGAGGAAGAACAGUGGUACGGCAUCUUCGACAUCCUCUUCCCGGACCAUCCCCGGCCGGACUCGGCCUACAUUGACGCCAGCCUCAUGGCGAGCGCCAUGGCGUACCAGGAGUUUGUGACGGCCCGCGGACUCGAGAUCCUUCAUAACGUCCUGACAGCCAGCGGCGCCAUCAGCUGGAACGUCCCUCCCGGCCAGGAUCUUGAGACUUUUCAACGGCAGAUCCUUGGCGAAGGUCUGGCGGCCAUCUCUGACGAGUGGGCGCGCGAGGGGGCUAUUUCACCACAAGCGGCUGCAGAAGCGGCUCACUCUGCCGAGGGCGAUCCGCUCGGCGUGAUGAGCUCCGGCAGUAUAUCGCAGCAUCACGGCUCUGCGAUGGACGCAGACGCGGCCAGCUCGAGUUCUGUCCUCCAAGCCAGCAGCCUCUCGUCCAUUGCGGGGUCCUCUGAGUAUGCGCACAGUUAUCACGAGCCUUGUUGGCCGUAUGAGAGUCAUCAGCACGAAAAUUUGUUUCACGAUUGGGAUGUCGCGAAUAUCUUGGGAGAAGAGGGCGUAAGAGAGAUACAGGGGGUUGUUUCCAGGGCUGCUCUUCCGGAUCAUUCUCUUGAAUGGCAGCAUGAGGGGCAUGUAGGACACUACAGAAACAGGUAG